AUGGAUAACAAGCAGAAUGCCACCACCACCAUUUCUACCACUGCAAGUAACACCGAGAAUCCCACCACCCCCGCCGCCACCACUGCUCCCACUUCCCCAAGGAGCACCCAUAAUCCCACCACCACCGGAAAGGAAAAGGAAAAAAUUGAAUCCGAAGUGAAUAAGAAAAAAGAGGAUUCUGCGUCUACAGAAAUUGUGAUAAGAAAUGAGGUGAUACGGAAAUUCAGUUUUGAUGAUCUUAAUGAUGCAACUGAAGGUUUCAAGAUUAGGUACUUUGCGGGUCAAGGAGGUUUUGGCAAGGUUUACAAAGGGUUGCUUCCAACAAAACAGGUUGUAGCUAUAAAGCGACUUGACUCAAAUAGUGAAGAAAAAGCUGAGGAGUUUAAGACUGAAGUGGAGACAUUGAGUAAUGCAAGCCACCAAAAUAUUGUCCAAUUGAUUGGAUACUGUAAUGAGAAUGAGCACAAGCUAUUAGUUUAUGAGUACAUGAAGUUGGGAUCUUUGGAUGAUCAUUUGUUUGGUCGUAAGCGAGGUAAUCUUGAUUGGGAUGCAAGAAUGAAAAUAGCAGCUGAAAUAGCAAAGGGUGUGGAGUAUCUACAUGUUAAAAUGAAUCCUCCUAUGAUAUACUGUGACCUAAAAAGCGCAAAUGUUUUGUUAGGCGAUGGAUAUGAUGUAAAGUUAUCUGAUUUUGGGUAUGCUAAAGUAGGCCCAGAACAUGAAUCAGGAGUGGUUUAUGGCUCAUAUGGAUAUUGUGAUCCAUGUUAUGGAGAAACAGGUACUGUGUCAUUCGAAUCAGAUAUUUACAGCUUUGGAGUUGUUCUUUUGGAGCUCAUCAGUGGUAGAAGAGCUAUUGAUGAUACAAGACUUGGUGAUGAUCAAAAUGUUGUUUUCUGGGCAAGUUCUGUAUUCAAAGAUAUGAACAAAUUCAAAGAUAUUGUUGACCCAUUGCUAGAAGGUAAAUAUCAUGAGGGAGAUUUACCGAAAGUUGUAGGCAUUGCUGCAAGAUGUGUUCAAAAAAAAGUUCAUCGUAGGCCCAAUAUAAGUCAAAUUCGGAGUAGUUCGACCCUUUAAAAAAGUGAUGAGUGGUUUGAUCAAAGACUUAAUUACAGGAAAAUAUUAUUCGGAGUAGUUCGAUCCAUGACUCUUAAACAAGUUGUCAGAAUUUGAACAUGCUUACGAGG